AUGGCACGGCAUCUGGGAGUGGCGAUCCUUUUUCUCAUCAUCACAAGCCUUGCAGGCAUCGCCUCUGCAGACUGGCGCUGCCAGGCACCUGCCCCCGGGCUGCAGCCCAUCUGCCCUGCUGGCGACUGCAAUGUGGCACAUGCAAACUACCAGGGUGAUAUUGUGGAGCUGGAUGUCAACAGCCGGCAGAACGGGGGCCCCACAGUGUGCAAUGUGUGGACGUUCUGCAACCCAGAGACUGGGGACGGCUGCGAUGACACUUGCGACCCUGCCCAAUACAAUUUCAACCCCUCCAACCCUACAGACCCCAACAAAUUCGGCCGUAACGGGGGCUGCGCCGCAAACAACCAGUGGCCCAAGUUCACAUGCGCGCUGAAGCGUGUGAAGAGCCCCAACCGGCCGGAGGUGUUCCCUCCGGUCGGCCCACAAGAAGUCUGGACCUCCGGUGCCAUCACCGCCACGUCAUCGCGCACAGUCCCCACCCGGCCGCCGCCCGUGCCAGUGAAUGCGCCGUCGCCCACUCCGACCCCCACACCGACCGCGACCCCAAGCCCCGCCCCGGUGCAAUCGCCUGCACCGGCUCCAACCCCUGCGCCAACAGAGACUCCCACUCCCACUCCAACCCCUGCAGCUGCCGCCGCCGUGGCCGCCGCAACCACGCCGAGCCCGGCACCCGCGCAGACCCCCACGCCCACGCCGGCUCCGCCGGCGCAGGCGCCGUCGGGGCCAGUGGCCGGCGCGAUCCCGCUCCCGGUCGGCGGCGGCAGCCGCGCGGCCGCCGCGCCGGUGCCGGCCCCGGCCGCCGCUGCAGCCGCGGCCGUCCCCGUCCCGGCGCCCACAGCCGUGGAGCCGCCGAGCGCUGCUGGCGGCGCGGUGUCGUCCUUCAGCCUGCCUCCCGCUCAACCGCCGGUGGAGCCGCCUCAGCCAGCGACCUUGGCGCCAGUCCCAGCUCCGGUAGAGCUUCCGGCUGCUGCUAUUGUCCCGCCACCCGUAGCAGCACCGGCCCCGGCUCCGCUGGCCGCGCCCCCUACAAUGCUUGCUCCCGCCCCGGCCCCGGAGAGCGCAGUGGCGGCGCUACCAGUCACCUCCACGCAAACAGCACCAGCUCCCGCACCGGUCGUGGCCGCAGCGCCGGUGGCUGCCCCGGCACAAGCCCCGGCAGCAGCGGUUCUCCCAGUCGCUGCAUCCGUCCAGCCGCCUGCACCGGCGCCGGUCGUGGCGCUAUCCCCACCCGUUCCCGCGCCGGCCCCCGCGCCGAUCGUGGCGCUGUCCCCGCCCGUUCCCGCGCCGGCCCCCGCGCCGGCCACUGGCUUCCCGGGCGCGGCAGCGGCAGGUGCCGCUGCAGCCGCCGUGCUGCCAGCCGCCGCGCUCGCGGCGCGGUCAGGCGUGGCAGCUCCGGCGCCGGCUCCAGCCGCAGUCGCCCUGCCGAGCGUGUCUGCGCCCGCGCCGGUCCCGGCGGCUUCGGUGACGAGCGCGCCGGCGGCGGCACCGGCCGCUGCGCAGCCCCGGCCGCUUCUGACCGGCCCGGUCGCAACUAACAUCGUGCGGGCGCCCGCAGCAGCGCCUGCGGUGGCCCCGGCUCUGCCCCCGGCCGCGGCCGCCAUCUCGGCCGGCGAGGCACCCAUGGCGCGCGCCCCGGCACCCGCGCCGGUGCAGGCCAUGCGCCCUGCAGUGCUGCCUGUGCCUGUGACGCUGCCCGCACGCCUCGCCCCUGCGCCAGCACCCGCCGUGAGCGCAGCGCUUGCGCCCUCCCUGCCUCUGGCCAGUGUAUCUGCGGCACCUGCGCCUGCGCCGAUUGUAGCGUUACCCCCGGUGGUAGCAACGGCCCCUGCAGCGAGCUUGAUCGGCCCCGUCGGUGCGCCUGUUUUGGCCGCAGCCGCUCCCAGCAGCUUCCCGCCGGCCGCCGCGCCGGCUGUUGCGCCGGCUGCCGCGCCGGCCCCGGCAGCUUCCCUGCCGGUGUCCAGCUACUCGCUGGCUCCCGGCAGCGCGCCGGCUCCGGAGGCGUUCCCUGCCUCGGCCUCUGAGGCUCCGAGGAGGUCUUAUGGCAGUGCCUACCAGGGAGCGUCUGCCCCUACUGCCGCGCCGGUGCUCGCCCCGUCGCUCUUGCCGAGCCGAUCGGCAGCAAACUUUGCAAACAGGUUCGGGGCGCCUGCAGUGCCCGUUCUUCAGGCGACAGCUCCAGUCUCAAACGGCCUGCAGAACCAGCCCUGA